AUGACGUCCCUCCCCGACGAGACCCUACGUAAGAUCCUGAUUCAGAUACAGCAAACGGCCGUCCAGUCUCAGAAAGCCCUGAACUUGUCGAUACAGCAGACCGCGUCCAAAGAGCGUGAACGUAGGAUUUUCCAGCUUACGAUAGACGAAAUCAGUCACAUAAAAGGCGAUGUGAAUCUUUAUAAAGGCGUUGGGAAGAUGUUCAUGCAUGUCCCCAGAACUGUAAUGGAAGACCAACUCAAGAAGGAAGAGAAAGAACUAUCGGAUGACAUCUCCAGCCUCAAUAAAAAGUCAAAAUAUCUCGAAAAGCAGUUCAAUGAUGCUCAGGCUCAACUACGUGAUAUCUUCCAUCACGCACCGAAACAGCAAUAG